AUGACUUACACGGUCAUUGCUCUGAUCUACCGGAAGCCCGGCCUCACACCUGCCCAAUUCCGGACCCAUUACGACACAGUGCACGUUCCGCUCCUGAAAUCCCUCGUCGGAGACACGUUUCCCAUCACGCACACUCGCAACUACGUAACACGUACUCGUACUCGGAGCGAUGACAUGGCUCCAACGUCAAUUUCAAGCGAUUCCAACAAUGAGCUUUGGCUACCUACGCUUUACAGAGGCCAACCCUCAGAUUUCCCCUAUGAUUCUAUGACAGUCAUGGUUUGGGAGGACAAAACGGCUUUUGAGAGGUUUUGUGAGGUGUUCUAUCACGAAGAGGUUCAGGAAAAGAUGCAAGACGAUGAAGAGAAGUUUAUUGAUCGUCGGUUUAGGAUGGUGUGCGCCCUUGAGGAACCAAUCGUUACUAGAAGGGAGUGA